AACUUAUUAUUAACCCUUCCAAUUGAUAUAAAAUACUAGAAAAAACAUGGGAAAAACAGGAAUUCCCUUAAAUCCUUCUGUCUGCUUUGAUUUUUCAUAUAUUAAAAAUUUCUUAAGAUUUAGCCGUGCACAAUUAGAUGAUAAUAUUACCUUUCAUUUGAAUUCUUUGUCAGCAGAAAGGCCAUUUAUUUCAGAAACAUUGAAAACAAAACCUGUUGAAAUAGAUCUUAAAUUACAACCUGAUAAAAAUACAUGUUUAUCCUUUAUUCAUCAAGUAUUUAAUGCCUGGGAGACACGCUCUUCCCUUAUUUCAUAUUGUCAGGCUGUAGCUGUUAAAAUGGAUGAUUCAUCUACAUCUAAUACAUCAUAUAUAUCAUCUUCAGUAGAUACACGUAAAGAUCCUUAUUCAGGAAGAAUGGAUAUACAUGAAACAAAGAAAAGAAUGCUUCAGAAUAUUUUAAAUACAGAAGAAAGAAUUGAACAUGUUGUAAGAAAUCAUUCAUGGGAACAUAUUGUUCGCCGUUGUGGAUUUCUUCAAUUACCAGAGACAUAUCAAGCAGCAAUGAAUGAUUACCAUGAAAAACAUGUACAUGAAAGGUCAUUUGAUACAUCUCAAGUUACAUAAUAUCUUACAAGCUAUUUUUAAAACUUAUAUAUAAGAUUUUAUA